UCGUCCUUAUAUUAUAUCUGAGUGGCACUCUGCUUUUAGCAGCAAAGCAUAGCACUAUGGCUUUCCUUCUCACAAAGCUUCCUUCAUUACCCUCUCUACUCUGCCUCUUGGCUUUUCUCUUUUGGGAAACGGCCGGAGCUGAUAGAGUUCCGGCGAUCUAUGUUUUUGGUGACUCGACCGCUGACGUCGGAAACAACAAUUACUUGCCGGGAAGCACUGCCAAGGCCAAUUUUCCUCACAACGGCGUCGAUUUUCCGGCGAAGAGGGCUACAGGGAGGUUCAGCAAUGGCUAUAAUGGCAUCGAUUUCUUGGCUAUGCAUAUUGGCUUUAAAAGGAGCCCUCCUCCUUUUCUUUCUAUUGCGAGUAAAAUUCAUCACCGGAUUGUCAGUGGAAUCAAAGGUGCCAACUUUGCUUCUGGAGGAUCAGGCAUUCUUGACUCCACGGGCGACACCAUGUCAACUACCAACCAAAUAGAGAACUUUGCAACUGUUCGAUCAAACAUGACAUCUCAUUUGUCAGAAAUGCAAGCAGAUUUUUUUCUAUCAAAAUCGAUAUUCAUUAUCAGUACAGGUGGGAAUGAUAUAUUUGGCUACUUUUUACAAAAUAAUGCUCCAAAUGCCACAGAAAAAGAGAAAUUUAUCACCACUCUUGUCUCGACCUAUAAGUACCAUCUUGAGAAAUUGUACAAUUUGGGAGCAAGGAAGUUCGGCAUGAUUGAUAUCCCUCCUAUAGGAUGCUGUCCAUUUCCAAGAAGUUUAAGCCCCACAGGUGGUUGCCUAGAUGUGCUUAAUGAACUAUCUUUGCAAUUCAACAAAGCUGCAAUGGCUGUUAUGCAUGAACUUAGCUUGACAUUGAAAGGGAUGAAGUAUUCCAUUGGAAGUUCCAAUGCGGUGGUUUCAAAUAUCAUCCGCAACCCUGCUGCCGUCGGUAUUAAAGAGACUAAAACUGCUUGCUGUGGUGGUGGAAAGUUCAAUGGCGAGCUUUCCUGCACUCCAAACGCUUCAUUCUGCUCGGAACGCAACAGAUACCUGUUCUGGGAUAAGUUACAUCCAACACAUGCUGCAUCUAAGCUUGCAGGGCUGGCCAUCUAUGGAGGUUCGCCGGAGUUCGCCUCGCCGAUCAAUUUCAAGCAGUUGGUUGAGGAAGAUGACUGAUCAGUGAUCAUCAAACUUGGUUUGGAAAAACAAUUAUGUCAUGUUGUUCUGAUAUAUUUUGGAUUGGAAUAUAUGGGAAGACAGAUGGUCAAAGUUGAAGGAUAAAUGUUCAGAAAAAAGAAGACAUUUAAAUAGAAAUAAAAAUAAUAUAGUAAUCUGUCUUGGAGCA